AUGCACGAGCCCCUGAGCACCAACCCUCCCCUCCCCUCCUUCGAGUUCUGUGUCCCUGCCACGCCCAUUCUGAAGUCGUCGGGCAAGCGGUCGUUUAUAAGAUCCCCCGAUACAUUUGAAGCCGCAGAGAUGCACGACCUGUCUGUCCUUUCGGGCCUCCACUCGCCCUUGGGUGCGCUCGCCCAAGAUUUGUCGGCCAACUUGAGUGUUGACAGCAGAGCCGAAGCCGUCAAUGGCGGCGAGCUCCUAAAGGCUUUCUAUAAUGCCCAAGAUAGCCCAAGCGACACCACCUUCACCGUAAAAUCGUUUUCGCGAACCACAUCUGCCACCUUCUCGACGCUCGACAACUCGCCGCUCGUUCCGCGCGGGAAGCGCCUGGCUCAUGCAGCGUUCUCGUUGAUGGGCCGGGACACAGACGACGAAGAGGAAAGCUUUCAGAGUCGAACGACCAUGCAAUGGUCUGGGCGGAGCAAAAAGGCCUUGACUGGAUCAAGCACAGCCCCGCCCCACACCAAGAGGAGCCACAUCCCGAGACCGGCGCUGCACCGACCCGUGAUGGACUUUCUCUCCGGCAACCCCAUGCACAUGAGCUCGGCCUUCCAGCGCGAUCCGGCCAAUCCCCCCCAGAAGAUCCGGCGCACCCAGAGCGAUGCGGUCCUGGGCAGCAACUCGUACCUGGGUGGCCGUCGACUGGAAGACGUCAGCAAGAUCCAGAGCACGUACCAAGCCAAGCUGCUUCCAUCGGAGCCUGGCAAGGACGCCAUCCGACGCAUUUCCCCCGAAACUGUACAUAGACUGCUCAACGGCGAGUUCUCUGAUCAAGUCGACUCGUAUCACAUCAUCGACUGCCGCUUCCCGUACGAGUACAGCGGAGGCCACAUCGAGACUGCCCAGAACGUAAACUCGAUCGUAGAGCUUGGCAAGAUGUUCUAUGAUUGGCCCGAGAAUGCCGAGAACCCACCCACUGAAUCACACAAGAGCAAGCCCGUCAAGAGCGAGCGCACGGUCAUCAUCUUCCACUGUGAGUUCUCCUCGCAGCGCGCGCCAAAGAUGGCGCUCUAUCUGCGAAGCUUUGAUCGCGAAAACAACCUGCACAACUAUCCGCACAUUCACUACCCCGAGAUCUAUAUUCUGACAGGAGGAUACAAGGCCUUUUACAAGGCAUACAAGGAGCGGUGCGAGCCACAAAACUACGUACCGAUGGCAGCGUCCAGCUUCAACAAAGAUUGCACCGCAGAGCUCUCCAACCGUCGAAAACAAUUCAAGAAGAGCUACUCCGACAGUUACAUUCUCUGA